AUGCACAGAUUUUCAAGACCACAUUUCAGACAGUCGUUUAAUGAACCUUCACUACGAGACACUUUUACGGAGCUCGGCCAUCGAUGUCGCAGGAUUCCACAAGGACGCCUACACUGCGCCGGCGGAUAUAAGGACACGCCCCACACGGAGCCACACGUAUCCUUCAGGAGUCGUGGUGGAGCUAAGGAUCGGAGCGAGAUGAAAGGUCUUUUGGCGCUCUUCGGCUGCGUCGCCGUCGCCUUCGUGGCCAUCGAGGCCGCCCCGGGAGGCCGAGGUGGAGGCGGCUGCUGUGGAGGAGGGGGAGGAGGUGGAGGAGGAGGAGGAGGAAGCUACGCUAGUUCCGGCCGCGGAGGAGGAGGCGGAGGUGGAGGAGGCGCCGGAGGGUUCUCGGGCGGCGGUGGAGGCGCCGGUGGAAGCGGAACCGUGUCCAUCGCCGGAGUAGUGUUCCAGAAGCCAAGCGGAGGCGGCGCAGGAGGCUUCUCAAGUGGAGGAGGCUUCUCCGGCGGUGGAGGAGCAGGACAUUCAGGCGGAGGAGGCUUUGGCGGUGGUGGAAGUGGAGCAGGAGGAUUUUCCAGCGGCGGAGGUGGAUUCUCGAGAGGUGGAGGCGGAGGAGCAGGAGGAUUUUCAAGCGGCGGAGGUGGAGGCGGAGGAGGAGGCUACAGUGGUUCCGCAGGUGGAAGUGGAAGAGGAGGUGCCUCAGGCCGCGGUGGAGGCGCAGGUGGAGACGGAACAGUAUCGAUUGCCGGCGUGGUCUUCCAGAAGCCAAGUGGAGGUGGAGGAGGAGGUUUCUCCAGCGGUGGAGGAGGUGGAUUUUCCAGCGGUGGAGGUGGAAGCUUCUCCAGUGGUGGAGGAGGAGGUUUCUCCAGCGGUGGAGGAGGUGGAUUUUCCAGCGGAGGUGGAAGCUUCUCCAGUGGUGGAGGAGGAGGUUUCUCCAGCGGUGGAGGAGGUGGAUUUUCCAGCGGUGGAGGUGGACAUGGAGGUUCAUCCAGAGGAGGAGGAGGGAGGAGGAGGAGGUGGAUACGGAGGAAAAUAGACUCCUGAAGUUACUUUGUUCUGAAUGAAGUCAGUUCAUUCCGUAUUAAAUCUUGACUUGA